UCCUGUUUGUGUAGUAGAGAAACUGACAAGUUUCAAUGAUAAUGAUGGUUCAACUCAAACAUCCGAUAAAUAUAUUUCCCGGAUGGAACGUGUUCUUCAACUGACACCAGAAAGUGAGUAUGAGGGUGAAGGAUGUGGAGUCGGAGAUUAGCGGUGAUGGAGGACUGUUAUUUCAGUCUCAAGAAGUUAAGAAAAGGACAAAACCAACCAAGUCUAAACUCAGCAUCUAUACCAGACGGGCAGCAGGUGGAACCAGAAGAGGGAAAAAGAUGGAGGACUCAACACCGAGGCCUCAGUACGAGACAGACUUCCACGAUGAAAGCCCUGUCAGCAGUGUGGACAUUCCCAACUUGACAAAGGACUUCCUCGGUGUCGGUCCCGUGAAGACGUACAGCAAGGCUAGCGUCAGGCAGCAUCAGAAGUCCAGUAUGGUAAAACAGUGGAUAGAGGAGGCACAGCAUACCACAGACAAAGGAGGCUUCUCCCAGAAUGAUUGUCUGGCUAGUAACCAUGGUAACACUGUGUUAAAAAAUACAGGGGAUUCUGAACCAAUGGUGACAAAUGUAGACAGUGAAUUUGAAAACUUUGGCUUCGAACUUACUGAGAGAGACUCAGCUAGUGGAUCAAGACUAAGUGUUUCUAAACAUGUUGGGGGGACUCAAGAAGCCAGGCAUUCAACACAAGCACCUGCAGCCAACAGGAAGAGGAUGUUUAAGGCAAGAGCAACAAAGGAGGCAGAGGUCGUGCCAGCAGGAGCGAAAAUGACAGAGUCACAUCUGUCAUCGUCAGAUCCGUACGAGUUUAAAAGCAGUCAGACUUUGCAACCCAAACAGAAAGUUCAGAAGAAGAGAGGAAGAAAAGCAGGGAAAGGUAAUAAGAAAGGGAACAAAGGAAGUUUGGCUGAUGUCCUGACCUCGGAGGCUAGUGUGGCUGAAGUGCGAGGAGAUGUAGAACUGGAACAGACUCAAGUUGACAGGACUACAAAGAAGGGCAGGAAAACGAAACACGUUCAUUUUGAUGUGAAGAGUCCUGAACAAGAAAUGAGCAGCCUCAUGGAGAAGAUCGGUGACGCUGAAGAACAUGAUUUUGCAUUUUGUACCCAGGAUGCUGUGUCCAAUAUGGCCGGACAGGAAGGAGAUGGUGCUCAGCUGGUGGAAGGGUUUGAUGAUGUGAUACAUGAAGAUAUUGAAAUGAUUGAAGGCACUGAUGCGGCAGGGGACAGCUGUGGAAACAGACAAACAGAUGGUAUCAUGUCACAGACGACCAAUUUCUCCAACUCCGACACUGAGAAGUCUCAGACAAUGUCAAUAAUACCGCCGACGCCGAUGUUGUCCACUGUUAUAGGUGAACCAAGUACAAAAGUUCCGCCAUCACCUAUGGCCAAUCAUGUACAGGUCAGCCAGGUGACCACUGACCACGGUAAUGAUGAGGUGCACCUGACAGAUUCAGAUUCAUGUAGACAAAUGCCUCUUCCUAUCCCUCGCAAGAAAUCAACAUCUGGUGUGAAGACAAAGAUCCAAGCUCUUAACCUGGAUGUAGCAGAUGUACCAUCACUGGCAGAGAACUCCGCACAGUCUCACAUUUCACCCACACCCAGUGUGGAGCUUGUCAACCAGCAGGAUGAGAAUAUAGCCAGGCAAGAUGAUGACGUUACUCAGGACGAUCCGCCAUCUUCAGGGAACAGCUCAUCCACAGAAGACCUCAACAUUUCUCUUGAGAACACCCAGUUGAAGAAGCUGAUCUAGACAUUCAGCCGGAUGAAAUCAAGCGGCAUCUCUCUCAGAUGUCAAACAGUAACUUGUCCUCGGCUGAAGGAAGUACUGCAC